AUGGACGAAGCAGCAUCCGAGACUGCCCAAGAAGAUGGAGUCCCGGCAUCACCCACUGACCUGCCCAAGGUCAUCACCGUUGCGCCGAAGGGCGACAUCCUCCUAGAUGUGACAUUUGAAACGUCAAAAUCGACUCUCAAGGCAGCCCGCGCCGCCCUGCCCAAGCCUCGCCCAGGACAGCGCGACCCACCCGCCCCUCAGCCGCUGUUGAAGCCCCGGGUUCACCUCGCCUACCGUGUGGAUCUCUCCACGCUCAAGAAGCACUCCAGGUACUUCACCAACCUGCUGACCGACACGCGCUUCCAAGAAGCCCGCGCCAUCGAGUCCAGGUUUCGUGACCUCUCCCUGCGCAAUGAGAAGCCGGCAGACGCCGAGUCCGACCAGCUGCCCCGCGUCGUCAUCAUCGACGAUGACGAGGCCACACGCUCUGCAGGGCGUGAGGACGUCUUCCGGGACCUGCUCCGGAUUCUGCACGGCGGCGGCAUCACCACCAGGCCUGUGACCAUGCUUUAUGUGGCGACCAUGGCCGUCAUGGCGGAUCGUUUCGCCUGCACACCCACCGUCUCGCGCUACCUAGCCACGGGGCUCAAGUUCAAGUGGCCUGCGACGCCCCAGCCCAAGCCGAGUGCGGAGGUGGACGGCAUGACGAGUCUCAGCCUCGCAGGGGAGGAGGUGCUGCGCCAGAAGGUACUGGUAUCGUGGUUGCUUGACCACCCUCUCAAGUUCCAGGCGGCCACGAGGGAGCUGGUCAUCUACGGCUCCCACGGCUGGUCUGCGAUUCACGAUGAGGAAGACGAGGGCGCGGCUUCCGACCCUCUCAAGCAAGCUGAGUCAUCUCGUCGAGACGCCCUAUGGUGGUUUCUACCAAGUGAAUUGGAGGAGGAGCUCCACUACCGCCGGACACUUAUCCUCAGAACCCUGGCCUCUAUCGUAGGGCACUUUCUGCGCCUCUACUCCUCCCGCGUACGGCAGUGCAAGCUCGGGUACGACUCGAGCGCGGCCUGCGACUCGUUCCAGCUGGGCGAGAUGGUCAAGUUCUUCGCGGCCAAGAACCUCCUCUUCCUCGUAAAUUUCUCCCCUUCCUCGCUGGACAACAUCAAGGACUUCGCCGCCGUGGACGUGAGCUCCAUCCUGGCGGCGCUGCGGCAGAGCCCUCACUACCAGAUAGACAAGAACCACACCAACUGCGGGCUCAGGUCCAAGAUCACCCCGAUCCUCGAGUACGUCCAGGUGAUGCUGAGCUCCAACGUCGUCGGCGUGAACCUGCAGGCGUGGAAGAAGGAGCCCAAGGCCGCGACCUGGAUCGCGGCGUCGGGCAGUGACAGCGACAAGGGCAAGCCUGUCCGGAAGAAGGACUUUGUCGUGGGGCCCAGCGGCGAGGGGAGGAGCAAGGUCUUCCGCUUCACGAGGUCCCUCGCCCAGGACCAGCGGCUCAAGUACGAUGGCGCCAUGGCGGCCGACAGGAUGGCCCUGGAACUUUUCAUGGCCGAGGACUGGGACUGGACGCCAGAGGAUGACCUUGGCUCCGGGGGCAGGGAGUUCGCGACGACGAAGUGGCUAAAGUGA